CCUAUGACUCUAUGUGAGUGAAUUCAAAUUGUAUUUGGAAAGAACUAACCUAAUUAAAACAAUCAUCUAUUACACCUAAUGACAAAUGAAGCAGAGGUGAAAGAAAGCUAUGAGGCUGUGCUAAAUGGAUAAGUUAUGUUAUGUACAGCUUUUCUAUCAAGUCAUUCUUUCUUUUUUAAUAUGAAGAUUUUAUUAAACGAGAAUGGAGGUCGAUCAAAAGAAAAUCUCAAUGCAAGUAACGGAAGAAGAAGAAUUGAUGUUGCAUCUUUUACGCCAAAUGAAAUACAACGAGAUUAGUUGUGCUAUUGCAUUAAAUGAAAAAUUACCAUUGGAUUUAAAAGACCGAACUACACAUUUGAGCAACAUUUUAAAUUGUCAUUUUGGAAAAAACUUUGAAAUCAGUAUUGUUGGUAGUAUUGUGGAGUUUGUUUCAACCCGACAAAAAUACAAAGAAAUGUUUGAUUAUGUAAAUGUUGAUAAUAUGAUCAAAAAAUAUCAUACUAGUAAACAUGAUUAUGUUAAUAGUGUACAAAUAACACAUCUACCGCCCUUCACCGAAAACUGUGUCAUGUGUCAAGCAAAAUUAACAUCAGUUCUAAAUGAACGUCCAAAAAGGUUGUUCAAAAUUGAUCAUGUAGAAAAUUGUACGAUUUCAACGGCAUAUUGUGAUAAAUGUAAAAUUACAAUUUUUCCGAAUCAUUUUACCAAUAAUGCAAAAGAAGUAUUUGUUACAAGAGAUUCAAUGAAAAAUAAAGAUCAGAUUUAUUUUUCGGGUGGUACAGUGUAUGACAAACGAAUAAUUGUUAAUUUUGAAAAUCAUUUACUGUUUAACCAAGUGUCGUUUAGCGGUUAUGCUCAAGUUCAAA